AAACCGACCCAACGAGCCGUCGCCCGCAAAACAUAUAUAUAUCACACCCCAAGCCAUAACCUCAAGAAAAUUCAUCAUUUCUCAAUCGAAUCAAAGGUCCACAAGCGAUGUCAGGCUUAACAUGUAAUUCAUGUAACAAGGAGUUCGAAGACGACGCUGAGCAGAAGCUCCAUUACAAAUCCGAAUGGCACCGCUACAAUCUCAAGCGCAAGAUAGCUGGCGUUCCUGGAGUUACAGAGGCUUUAUUUGAAGCUAGACAAGCUGCGUUGGCUCAGGAGAUGAUCAAAUCCAGUGAAACGCCUUUGCUUUACACUUGUGGAGUCUGUGACAAAGCUUACAGGAGUUCCAAAGCUCAUGAGCAGCAUCUCAAAUCAAAGAGCCACGUUUCCAAUGCUUCUUCAUCACAACGAGAGGAGGAGGAUAAAGCGAUCAUUAAGAAGCUUCCUCCUCCUCCCCGUGUUGAGAGGAAGGAGCCUGCUGCUCCGAUUGAGGAAGAGAGUGAAGAAGAAUGGGUUGAGGUUGAUUCUGACGAGGAUUUGGAGGGUGAAGAAGAUAUGGAUGAGGAGGAGGAGGAGGAUGAUAUCGAGUUUGAAUUGGAUCCCACUUGCUGUUUGAUGUGUGAUAAAAAGCAUAAGACGCUGGAGAAGUGUAUGGUUCAUAUGCAUAAGUUCCAUGGGUUCUUCAUUCCUGAUAUCGACUACCUCAAGGAUCCAAAAGGGUUCCUAACUUACGUUGGUCUUAAGGUCAAGAGGGACUUCAUGUGUCUCUACUGCAAUGAGUUGUGCCAUCCUUUCAGCAGCUUGGAAGCUGUUCGAAAGCAUAUGGAAGGCAAGAGUCAUUGCAAAGUGCACUAUGGUGAUGGUGGUGAUGAAGAAGAUGCAGAGCUAGAAGAGUUCUAUGACUACAGCAGCAGUUACGCCGGUGAAGGCGAAAAUCAGAUGGUUGUAUCUGGUGAAUUAGCUAAUACCGUAGAGAUUUUUGGUGGGUCUGAGCUUGUGAUCACCAAGAGAGUAGAGAACAAAGUAACGUCCAGGACUCUGGGGUCUCGAGAAUUCAUGCGCUACUACAAACAGAAGCCCCCACCAUCUUCUCAGAAGCACAUCGUCAACUCUCUAGCCUUGAGGUACAAGAGCAUGGGUCUAGCAACAGUGCAGUCCAAGGAGGACAUAGUGAGGAUGAAAGUGAUGAGAGAGAUAAACAAAAGAGGAGCGAGAAUGCGUGUUAAGCUCGGAAUGAAGAGUAACGUCAUCAGAAAUCUGCCCAACAACGUCACCUAUUAGUCUCUCCCAAACUAGUGCUGUUUGAUUAUACAACGCUUGUUUGUACUCUUGAGCACAAAACCAUAGUUUUACUGAACCUUUCUUUUAUAUUUUCAAUUUUUUUUCUGGUAACUACAGACUCUAUUUCGUGAAGUAAUAACAUGGAUAUUGAGCA